CCCUGCCUGACCUGCCGCGUGUGGUGGCCCUGAGUGAGGAUGCGGAGCCGGGCACCCUUGUGGCUGAGGUGACAGUGUCCUGCAGCAAUGCAAGCGGCAGCCCCAAUGUCACCCUGCACAGCAUGGAGCCCAACCACCCCUUCAACCCCAUCACCAUCAGUGCUGCACCCUUCAGGCUCCGAAACCAUGACACACCACUCGUGCUCACCCGCCGGGGCCUUGUGCUGGCGCCUGCUGGUGGCUUCGAACCCAGCAAGGACACCCAGAUAUUCAGGCUGGAGAUCGAGGUGAUGGACCGCCGUGGGCACAACUGCAGUGGGGCCGUGAGGGUGGAGGUGCUGCCAUCGCGCCGCCCCCGUGUCACCUUCCUCGAGCCACAGCAGGCCGUGACAGUGCCAGAGGGUACUGGCCCCUUGGAGGUGGUCACGCAGGUCCACGCCAGUGGUGACAAAGUCCGCUAUGCCAUUGUGGCUCCCACAGCACCUGCACUGUUCACCAUUGAUGAGGUGACAGGCGAGAUCCGCAGCACCUGCCAGCUGGAGGUGGCCCAUAUACGCCUCGUUGUCCAGGCUUACAAUGCACUGUACCCCACAGACCGUGACACCAUCACGGUCAACAUCAGCAUGCAGGGGACAGACCGGCAGGCGCCAAGCUGCAUCCCGGCCCUCUCUGUGUCCCAGGUGCCAGAGACGGUGUCCCCUGGCAGCACCCUGGUGACACUGAGGUGCACUGACCCCACCGGCAACGAGGGGAGUCUGCGCUAUGCCCUCGAGGGUCCCCCCGCCUCCCGCUCCCGCUUCCGCAUGGAGGGGCCACAGCUGCAGGUCAACACCACCCUGGACUAUGACUCGGAAGCCGUGGCCGCUGUGGGCUUCCAGUUCACGGCCACCAUCAUGGUGAUGGCGGGAGGGCAGCCCCCACGGAGCACCCAUGUGCCUGUGCUUGUGACGGUGACGCCUGUCAACGAAUUCACACCGGUGUGCCCCAACGGUGCCACCUUCACUGUGCCAGAGACAGCAGCUUUCGGCAGUGUUGUGGGGCGUGUGGCCGGCACUGACCGUGACUACCCCCCAGACAGCCUAGAGUACAGCCUGGAGGGGGGUCCCGGUCCCACACAGCCCUUCUCCAUUGACCCACGCACUGGUGAGAUCCGUGUAGUGGGACCCCUUGACUCCCAGCGGCAUGAGAGUUACAGGCUGAUGGUGCGGCUGACGGACACCCACAACAACCUGGACCCGGCAAAGUCGUGGAACCGCCUGUGCGAUGUGGCUGUACGCGUGCAGGCCAUGCCGGACCAGGCACCGGUGUGCACCCCCGAGGUGCAGGAGCUGCGGGUCAUGGCCAGGUCAGGCGGCCGCCAACCUGUCACCUGCCUGGCAUGCGAGGGCAGCCCCAGCACUGCCACGCUGGCAUACACCAUCGUUGGAGGCAACGAGGAUGGGCGCUUUCAGCUGGAGGGGAACACCCUCUUCUACCUCCCCAAUGAUCUGGCCGAGCCCCGCACCUUUGUGCUGCUGGUGGAGGUGUGGGGUGGCCCCAGUGCCCCCCGCCACAGCACUGUGGUGGCACUGGUGGUGCAUGUCACCCCCCAGAGCACCCCAGUGCCACCCAGCAUCACCACCCAGCGCACGACGCUGUGGAAGGAGAUGAUGGUUGUCAUGCGGGAAGAGGCAGUGUGGCACCCACCGGUCUGGUUUGUGGCUGUGCUGACUGUCUCUGCCGCCCUGCUUCUGGCUGCCCUGGGCUGUGUGGCCUGGAGCUUGCUCUGCAGCAGCCGAGAGCCUGGCAAGCUGCUCCUGGGCAAGAGCUCCUGGGACAUGGUGGAGCAGAGGGGCGGUGAGGGGAAGGAGCAGGGCUGCCCCCACGAUGGCAGCCCAGGGCAGUUCAAUGGCCGUGUCCAGGACCCACGCACCAUCAGGGACAACAGUGUGACUGGGGCACAGCACUGGAUCUGA